CAAAAAUACAGAAGACAUCCAGAACUUCAUAAAUUAGUAAUUGUAGUUGGAUAAGAAAAAAUGAACCGUUACACAAUCAUGAAGCAGCUGGGUGAUGGCACCUAUGGCAGUGUGUUGAUGGGAAAGAGCAAUGAAUCAGGAGAGCUUGUGGCCAUCAAACGAAUGAAAAGGAAGUUCUAUUCAUGGGAUGAGUGCAUGAAUUUGAGAGAAGUCAAGUCCCUGAAGAAGCUAAAUCAUGCCAAUGUAAUAAAAUUGAAAGAAGUCAUAAGAGAAAAUGACCACCUUUACUUCGUGUUUGAAUACAUGAAGGAAAAUCUCUAUCAAUUGAUGAAGGACAGAAACAAGUUGUUCCCUGAGUCAGUCAUCAGGAACAUGAUGUAUCAGAUACUGCAAGGGUUAGCUUUCAUCCAUAAACAUGGAUUUUUUCAUAGAGACAUGAAGCCUGAAAACCUUCUUUGUAUUGGUCCAGAACUUGUAAAAAUAGCUGAUUUUGGUUUGGCUAGAGAGCUGAGAUCUCAGCCACCGUAUACAGAUUACGUGUCCACCAGGUGGUACCGUGCUCCUGAAGUUCUGCUGCGGUCAUCCAUCUACAGCUCACCUAUUGACAUAUGGGCAGUUGGCAGCAUCAUGGCUGAAUUAUACACACUGAGACCCCUUUUCCCAGGCACAAGUGAAGUAGAUGAAAUCUUCAAGAUUUGCCAAGUAUUAGGCACUCCAAAGAAGAGUGACUGGCCAGAAGGAUACCACCUCUCUUCUGCCAUGAAUUUCCGUUUCCCACAGUGCGUCCCUAUAAGUUUAAAAACUCUCAUCCCAAAUGCAAGCAGUGAAGCCAUACAGCUUAUGAGUGAUAUGCUGAAUUGGAAUCCAAAGAAGAGACCUACAGCAAGCCAGGCACUGAAGUACCCUUACUUUCAAGUUGGCCAAGUUUUAGGACCUCCCCCACAAAAUUUGGAGAAGCAGACUCCUGUUAAACCAGUGCAGCCAACAGAACCAAAGCCAACUUUACCCAAACUGGAAGCUGUAUCCAAGCCAGAGCCUCUGUCUUCACCUGAGGAACCUGACAAAACACAGCCACAGUCUCUGUCAAAGGCUAAUCACCAGCCUCUCCAGCAAAUUCAGGUGCCCCAGAAUACAGCUAACCAGCAAGUAUCAAAACAGCAGCAGACACAGGUGCAGCCAUUUUUUCCAGCUAUCAAUAAAGACUCAUCUGGGAAACAAGCAGCCCAGAAUGGCACAGUGGGUGCUAAAAGUUGCAGGAGACGAUGGGGUCAGACUUUGACAAAGGCUGUGGACAGCUGGGAUGAAUUGGACGAUGCUGAAUUUGGAAUGUCGUGUUCAAAGAAGCCUAGCAUUGCACUGUUAAAAGAAAAGAAAAACAAGGAAUGUCUCUUUAGUGUGCCAGAACCAAAAGCUUCACACUGUACCCAGCCAGGAGCAGAAAAUAAAGGUGUAAUGAGAAAUGAUUCUGGAAGAUCCAAUACAACAGCAAAACAGUACUAUCUAAGACAAUCAAGAUACCUGCCAGGUGUAAACCCUAAGACUGUCUCUUUAGUAGCAAUCAAUAAAGAAGGAUCUCAUGGAACCUGGAACAACCAGUUGUUUUCCAAGCCAUUGACACAUGUUGGAGAAGGACUGCCUUUCAACAGAAAUAAUACAGAAGAGAACUUAAUUACACCCAUUGAAAAACUAUCAUGCAAAGAAAGUUUGAAUGAAAAAUUAGAGGAUCCAAAAGGAAAUUCUGACUUUGUGGGAGGUGCUGCUUACAACCCAUCAGGAGGAUACAUCCCUUCCUUUCAUAAGAAAGAAGUUGGAUCAGCUGGACAACGGAUACAGCUGGCUCCUAUUGCUCCAUCUGUAUCUGAUUAUUCCUGGAAAACCAAAGCUGCUCGUGCUCAGUUAGCAGGUCCUACUUACAAUUCAGCAAAAAGCAUGAAUAUUUUAACUCAUGCACCAACAAUUCAGCCAGUCCAUGGAAGAACAGACUGGAUGGCUAAGUAUGGAGGACACAGAUAGAAAAUACCAUCUUGAACGAGGCUCACAUGAUACCUGCACAGUUCUCCUGCCUGAAAUGCCUAUCUGCUCUAAUCUUUCCUAAGACCUAUGCAAUAGUAAAGACAGAAACAGACAACUUUGUGUUCUACUAUCUGUGGACACACACCAAAAAAAUCACAUUAUUUAAAAUACUGGCUAUUAAGUAGGAUUUCAUUAAGUAUUGUACAACACAUCUUGCCAAAUCUAUCACGUAUUUAGAAGUAAUGAGAAGUAGAUUUCACCUGGCACUUUUCUAUAGAAGACUUCCUAUUAGCACAGUCUUAAAAACAAGAGCUUUAAUUUCUUGCCCUAUGCAAAAGUCCACCAUUGUACAUGAAAGCAGCUUAGGUCACAAGCAGCUAGAACUGGGGCUAAAGCAG